AUGCAAAAGUAUGACCUAUUUGUGUCUUUCACAGAAUAUGUAAAGGGUAGGAAGGCGCCCAGUGACUUGGGACCAGGAAUAUGCAAUAAGAUGCUCAAUGAAUUAAAACUAUCCAGCUCCUUGAAGCAGUUCAAAGGAUGGUUAACAGGUGAGAUUUCUUCAGUCCUGCUCCCUCGCACGUAUGAUGUAGAGAGAAUCCAGUGCGGUUUAAAAUCGGAGGAUUGUCAGUUGAUCUCAAGGGAGGUGAGCGUUCAUCAUACUUUUGCACCUGCAGACGUGAAGAGACCUACACUGGACAGAAUGUUCGCUUGGACGUCACAAAGAAAUUAUGAUGGUUUGCGGGCGUCUUACAAUAUCUCGUUACUUAUAGCAAAAUCCGGAAAACCGCAUACUAUCGGAGAGAAGUUAAUUUUGCCAGCCGUUGAAGAGGUUUUAAAAACUGUUUUACACAAACCUGCAUCUGAUAUCAUUGAAAGAAUUCCCUUAAGCAACAAUACUGUUGAAAGACGUAUUGAUGAAAUGAGUUCUGAUAUUGAAAGCUUCUUAUGUACUUAUUUGCAAACGACCCAUUUCUCUAUACAACUGGACGAGUCAACUUUACCUGAUAAUGCAGCAUUAUUAUUGGCAUAUGUUCGUUUUAUUAUGAAUCAAGAAAUCUACGAAGAACUGCUCUUCGCAAGAACUUUGAUAACCGACACUAAAGGCAUCAACAUCAGUAAACCCAUACGCUUCAAGGCGUCUCUGAAGUGUCAGUCCACUACGUGA